CAUCUUGGAUAUCAUUCUGCCAGAUCUGCAAUUACAUAUGUGUUGCAUAACCCAUGUCUCCUCUGCAAAAUUGCAUUUCAAACAAGGUAUGCCAUUCUUUACACAAGGUUACAUGUUCUGUCAGAGAGAUCUCCGAGGCUCUCGAUGUCAGGUGGAUUAAAAGCAUCUUUUCCAAUAGACGGAGAAAAGGAGGACGAGAUAGUAUGAGGCUUCAUCCGCAUUGACGGCUUUUCCAGCCAGCAAGUCAGUAUAGACUGUACCCACAUUGCCUUGUGGCCUCACUGUCAACAUCCUGGCAUCUCCAGCUUAUUUAUGACCACAGCAGCAUGUCACGGAGGUUUGUACCUGAUUUUCCAACAGCAGUUACAAAUUACAUUCAUCCUCUAUGCUCCUCCUAUUGUAACCAGACCGCCAGGUCACAUGCUGGUUGCUGGACAACAACGGUGGUCCCCAUCAGACAUAGCUCAUAACUCCAGUCAAAAAGCCAGGCUUUUUGUUUCAGACCUGGCCUACAUCUAGAGGUUUUACACCACAAAAAUGUAACUGAGCAGACAGUCAACAUCCUCAAUCAACACAUCCACUAUCUAGACUCUUCAGGAGGAACUUUCCCACAUGGCUCCUGUACAAAAUUUGUUGUUAUUUGCUGCAUAACGUUGCCAUCAUGAGGGACCAGCCAUUACACGACUUUAGUUACAAAAUGUGCAGGAGGGGAGUGGAAGGAAGAAGAGGAGGAAGAACUUGAGCAGCAUUAACCCCACCAGUGCUCCUGGCUAUGAGAGCUCUUCAAGAAUUGCUAAUCCACGAGUGCUUCAACUGGACGACCCUGCCCAUCCUAACUACAACAGUCCUGAAAAGUUUAGCAUUUCCAUCCUUACAAUGAUCAGCCAGUUGCUUUCCUUCAGACUGGCUUUAUGGUUCUUGCUAUCAUUUCACUACAAAUAUUAAAACCAACGCCAAAUCCAGAACUUAAAAAGAAGUAGCUGCUGAGUUAGUAGAUGCAUUGGUUUUAAUUUUUCAAAAUUCCCAAGACUCUGGAAAUGUCCCAUCAUAUUGGAAAAUAGUGAAUAUAAAUCCUCUAUUCAAGAUAGGGGGUGUUACAGAAAGCAGGAAACUACAGGCCAGUUAGCUUAACAUCUAUCAUGGGGGAAAUUCUGGGAUCUAUUAUUAAGGUAGAUACAGUCGGAUACUUAGAAAAUCUCAAUGCAAUCAGACAGAGUCAACCUGUUUUUUUGAAAGGAAAAUUGGAGCCUGGCAAGAGUGUUCUGCAGUCAGCAUCGUUGUGAAGCAGUCUGGGAAGAGUGUCCUGCAGUCAGCAUCAUGGUGAUACAAUCUGGGAAGAGUGUCUCGCAGUCAGCAUUACGGUGAAACAGUCUGGGAAGAGCGUCCUGCAUUCAGCAUCGCAGCGAAUCGGUCACUUCAAAAAGUAACUUCAGCACACAGGUGAGAGCUGAUUGGUGCUUGUCAGCUAUCCAUGGAUUUUGAAAUAGAAGACCCCUCUGUUAGCACAAGCCUACAUAACAGCAGUAAUAAAAAAGGAGGAUACAUGAAGGGACUAGAUUCUACCUGGAAGUUCUUGCAGUCAGCUCACUUUUUUAUCUAUCUGACUCAUUUAUUAUCUACGUGGGGCGACCGCAUGUGGCAUUUCGCUGUCUCACUUUUCCUGGUAGAACUGUAUGAAAAUAGCUUGCUGCUUCCAGCUGUAUUUGGUUUGGCUGUUUCUUCAUCACUUAUUCUGUUUGGUGCCUUAGUUGGAAACUGGGUUGACAACAAUACUAGAAUGAAAGUUGUACAAGUUGCUCUUGUUAUCCAGAAUCUUUCAGUGACCUUAUGUGCUGUAGCACUUAUGUUGUUAUUUGUUUAUAAGACUCAGAUCACUAUCCUAUGGAAUGGUUGGAUGAAGAUUGUUUGUUACACGUUGGUGAUUGUCAUUGGUGUGAUUGCAGACCUGGCUAGUACAGCUAUGUCAAUUGCAAUCCAACGGGACUGGAUUAUAGUGAUUGCUGGAGACAGUGACAAACUAUCAAACAUGAAUGCUACAAUGAGGCAAAUUGAUCUUCUCAGCAAAUUGCUUUCACCAAUGGCCGUGGGUCAGAUUAUGACUUUCAGCUCCUCUGUGGUUGGUUGUGGCUUUAUAGUUGGUUGGAAUUUGUUCUCUGUGUGUUUUGAAUAUUUGUUGCUGCGGAAAAUUUAUAAAAUGAUUCCAGCGCUAGCAAGAAAAGGUGAUAACCAGACCAAGGAGGAGGAAGUUUCAGAAGGAAAUGAGACUGCUUUUAAAGACCAAAAAAAUACUUCUGCUACAGUUUCGGUUGAGAGUGAACUAAUUAAUAACAACUCUACAAAUCACAAUCACAAGGAAACUGGCUGUAUUAAAGGCAUUCUGGUUCCUGGAAUUAGGACAUUCCGAGACGGCUGGAUUAUCUAUUAUAGACAACCAAUGUUUCUUGCUGCAUUGGGCCUUUCAUUUCUUUACAUGACAGUACUAGGAUUUGAUGGAAUUACUACAGGAUAUGCCUAUGCACAAGGAAUAAGCAGUUCUGUGCUUAGCAUCAUGGUAGCAUUGUCUGCUCUCACGGGACUAAUAGGAACUAUGUUUUUUACCAUAUUGAGAAAAUAUUGUGGCCUUAUUCACACUGGAUGUUUCUCAAGUAUUAUGCAGAUUACUUGCCUUACACUCUGCAUUGCAUCUGUGUUUGCUCCUGGAAGCCCACUUGAUUUGAAUGUACCCUUUUAUUCAAGUGCAUCAGAUCAGCUAGAAACCUAUACAACUGGUGUUUAUCCUGCUGAUGUUUCUAAUGCAUCUGUCACCAAACCAUCCUCUGUUCGAUAUGAUGUGACUUCACAACUGCCAAGCAACCUGACAAACACCACAGAAAUAAAGGAAUAUAUUUCUAUAGCACUAUAUUUUGCUGGUGCUGUUUCGGCAAGAGUUGGUUUGUGGAGCUUUGACCUUACUGUAACGCAGCUUAUCCAAGAAAUGGUUUCUGAAUCAAAAAGAGGAAUUGUAAAUGGUGUUCAGGGGUCCAUGAAUAGCAUUAUGGACCUCCUCCGCUUUGUCAUAGUCAUCAUCAUGCCAGCACCAGAACAUUUUGGUAUUCUUAUUAUCCUAUCUGUAAUCUUUGUUUCAACAGGUGGGUUGCUUUUCUUUUGCUUUGCAAGAAAGACUUUGGGAAAGGAUCUGUUCAAGUGUGUUUCUAUGAAGGAAAAACACUCUGAGAAUAACAAAGAUGCAAAGGUUGUGGCAGAAUCUAUCCUUUGAUGGUCUGUCAUGGAUUUUUGUGUUAGCUCAGGAGAUCUGACAUAAAGGGCAGAAUUUUUGCUGCCAAGUCGGGAGCACAGAGUCGGGAGAAUUCCUGACUCAGUAAACCCGACGUGAAAGAAAGUGCCCCGAAUCUUUGGAUUUCGUUCUGGGAUGGGGUGUUUGCAGGUGCUAACAGGAGUCAGGCCCACUGUCCCCAGAAAGAGUUUGGAGGCAACAGCACAGCUGCCAGGUGCCAAAGUGGGCUGUUUAAAAGACUCACUUUGGUGCUCUGGGACCUCAUGCCAGUUACAAUAAAAACAACAGAACAAAAAACAGCCCUCUAGCCCUUACCUUUCACACCCACUCACCCCUCACACAAUACACAUGCCCUAUCCACGCCAACUCAUAUCACCACAUGCACCCCCACCCCCUCCAUGGUGCCCCAUGAUCUCUCAUAUCCUCUCUGCCACCUAUGCCCAUCUACCCACCCCCUAUGGCCCCUUGUAUUUCCAUGACAGCCUACAUCAGCCAUCAUCUUCAUGGUCCAUUAUAGCCCCUUUGCAACUUAGUGUCCUUACACCCUCCGUGCCAACUCAUCCAGAAAUCCCAGUAACGAAAAUUGGAUCUCUUUGAAGACACCUGCACUUUUAGGUGUGCAGCUCCCUCCUUGAACCAAAGAUGUGGGAGUACAACCUGCCCUGGCCCUCUCCCCCACCCCCACCCCCUGUGUAAAAGGUGGGUGCCGGGUUUAGGGGUGGGACUUCAUGACAGACCUCAGGAGCCAUGGUGAGUUGAAAUAAAAUAAAAUUGUAAGUGUCUAUUGCAGACUUCACAUUAUAUUAAAACAAAACUCUG